GAGUAGAUUUAGAUGUAGAGUUUCUUACAAUUUAGAGGUUUCCUUAGAUUGCCAUAAACUGAUUGCUGACCUGGCUGACCUUUCUUAGGCAUUUCUUAGCUUUGUUUCUUUUUGACAGGCGUAUCAAUCAUCCCAGUGCUGCAAAGAACUCUUCAUUAUGAGUGUAUUGUUCUAGUGAAACAGUUCCGACCUCCAAUGGGUGGCUACUGCCUGGAGUUCCCUGCAGGGUUCAUCGAAGACAAUGAAAGCCCAGAAGAUGCUGCUCUUCGGGAGCUGGAGGAGGAAACUGGCUACAAAGCGGGCAUCACAGAAUGUUCUCCAGCUGUGUGUAUGAAUCCAGGCUUAUCAAACUGUACCACACAUGUUGUGACAGUAACCAUCAAUGGAGAUGAUGCAGAAAAUGUAAGGCCGAAGCCCAAACCAGGUAAGGGUGGUUACAUACAUUUAAGCUGGUUGAGUUGCAUUACAUAUCUGAACUUGCUUGAUUUGUUAAAGGAUAACAUAAUUUUUCAUUAA